CAGGGUUGGGGCAGGGAAGCACCACCUCCUGGAGGAGGAGCCUGGAAGGACCCACGGAUGCCUUAAGGCGCGAUGGUAAUUAAGGAAUAUUUUGGAAGCAAGGCUUUGAGGCUUCGCCAGUGUCCCGCCUCCCCUCGGGGUCUCCCCAGUAGCUGGGUGCGCAUCGGCGGGUCUCGGCUGCGGGAGUGGUUACUGGGCUGUCCCCGUGGUGGUUUCCUGUUGAUGGGGGUGGUGGCAAUAAUUUGACAUUUUCAUCCAGGAAUCCCCGUCAAGCCCAUCACGAGUGUCCCGUGAACGGCCCCCACUCAUUCCUCAGGAUUGUGCGUGAGAGUCUGCUGCUUGCAAGGGGCUUCAUCCCUGCCUGCCCUGGAACCUGCUUUCCCAAGAGAAGAGGAUGGCUGCUGGGUACCUGCCCCCCUGGCCCCAGGAGUUUGUAACCUUUGAGGAUGUGGCUGUGGACUUCUCCCGGGAGGAGUGGGAGAUGCUGGACCCUGCUCAGAGGAGGCUGUACAGAGAGGUGAUGCUGGAGACCUGCCGGAACCUGGCCGCACUGGAUGCCUUGAAGAAUCAACGUGCCAAUAUGGGCAUUGAGGAUGGUACACUCUCCCCAACCCCAGCCUCUCAGGCCACCGGUCCUUCUUCAUGGGCAGGGUGUUCGCUUUUGCUGCCAGGGGCGGCUUUCCACUUGGAGCAAGGAGAAGCCAUGUGGACGGGGGGAGAAGGAGCUCCCCAAACCUGCUCAGAUUUGGAGACGAGUCUGAAAAGCCAAGAGUCAAUUUAUAGGAAGGUGGUUUUGGAGGAAGAACCACUCCGUGGUAUGAAUAUCAUAAAGCUUCCCAAAGAAGACUGGGAUGUGGUCAACUUGAGGAGAGACAUGAAGACCCGCACAGGCUUUUGAGGCAAAUGGCAUUCACUCAAGUAGAGACAUUGGCUCAAAAGGAGACCACUGCCUGGCAUGAGUUUGGGGACCCCUGUAGUAUGAAC